CGCGGCGGGCGGACAUGGAGGCUUCGGGGCCUUCCCAGCCCCAACCGAGUGGCUGUUCCCAGCCGCCCCAACUCCCGCGGGCGGAAAAGCGCCAAAGCCGCCCGGGGCCCCUCGCCUCCUCCAGCUUCGCUCUCCGGCCGCCCCCGCCCCUUCCCGCCUGCAGCCCGCUCUUUGUCUCCCGGCUCCGGGCCUCCCCGCCGCGCGCCCCCCGCGUCGCUCCUUCCCGCGGGGAAGCCCGCAGACUCCGCACUCUGCGCAACCGCCCGCCAGGCGGGGGCCCGGGUGUCCGGCCGGGCCUGACAGGCGGGGGCGGGGUGGGGCGGGGAGGUGGCUCUCUCUCUCUACCCCCCUUCUCUCUCUCCCCCCUUCUCUCUCCCCCCUCCCCCUUCUCUCUCCACCCCCCCAUCUCUCUCUCUCUCUCUCUCUCUCUCUCUCUCUCUCUCUCUCACACACACACACACACUCACUCACUCACUCACUCACGCACAGAGCAUCCUCCCGUCAGGUCUCCCGGUCCAGCCCCGCCCGCACCUCCUGCUCCUUGCAACCCUCUCCUUCUCUCCCCACCUCCACCCCUCAGCGCCCCAGUACCCUACUCGUCUCCCUCACACCCCCAGCCCCAGGAUGGAGCCGAUCGAGCCCGCCCGGAGCCCCCCGCGGCCGGGGUGACGGCCCCCCUCCUCUCUCCCGCCUGGCCCCCCGCCCCGAGCACCAUGGGCCUGCGGGGGUCCUGAGGUGCCGGACACUGAAGAUGACUGAUGCUGGAGCUCUUUGGAGUCAUGGCUUCUUCAAAGCUCCGAGAACCUGCGGAUGAGGUAUUUGACCUGGACUUGGCUGUGCCAGAGACUGUCAGGCUGGACAGCAGUCUACACAAGGCCCGGGCCCAACUACUGGCCAAGGGCCGGAGACAUCGGCCCUCCCGCUCGAGGCUUCGGGACAGUGCCAGUUCUGCAGAGGAUGGUGAAGGCUCUGAUGGCCCUGGAGGCAAGGUGACGGACGGCUGCGGGAGCCCCCUGCACCGAUUGCGUUCACCUUUGCACUCGGGUCCUGGGUCCCCGGCCGGAGGCUCUUUCUGCCUGGAGCCUCCAGGGUUGCGGCGCAGCGUGGACGAAGACGAGCCACCGCCCUCGCCGCUCACACGCUACCGACCCCUGCACAAUGCCGCCUCGCACGAAGGCCUGGCCGCUGCAUCCCGCUCGCCGCCGCGCUCCGCGCCCUCCUCCGACAGCUCCCCCAGCUUCGUGCGCCGCUACCCGCGCGCUGAGCCACACAGCGAAGAUGACAGCCGGGAUGCCAGCCCCCCAGAACCUGCCAGCCCCACUAUCGGCCUGGAUAAGAAGACUCGCCGCAAGUUCCUGGACCUGGGGGUCACCUUGCGCCGAGCAUCCACAAGCAAGAGCCGGAAGGAGAAAGGCAGUAACCGCCUGUCCAUGGGUAGCAGGGAGUCGGUGGAAGGGUCUGGCAGGUCAGGGGGCUCCCCGUUCUUGCCCUUCUCCUGGUUCACAGACAGUGGCAAGGGCUCGGCAUCCUCUGGCAGCACCACGUCCCCUGCCUGUUCCCCCAAACAUGAGGGUUUUAGCCCUAAGAAGUCAGCUUCUCAGGAAUCCACCCUGAGUGAUGACUCCACAACCCCCAGCAGCAGCCCCAAGAUCCCCACAGGACCCCGGCAGGAGUCCAAGUGUUCCUACCCCUACCACACACUGUCCCAGUCUUCGGAUGAGUUCCUGGAUGAGCCUCUCCCCACUGUUCACCACUGGACCAGCCAGCAGGUGGGGCAGUGGCUGCACAGCCUCAACCUGGAGCAGUACGCUGAGGAGUUUGCGGCACACCAGGUGGAUGGGCCACAGCUCCUGCAGCUGGAUGGAAACAAGCUGAAGAGUCUGGGGCUCAGCAACUCCCAUGACCGGGCACUGGUGAAGCGGAAGCUGAAGGAACUGGCAGCAGCCGCUGAGAAGGAGCGCAAGGCUCAGGAGAAGGCUGCGCGACAGCGUGAGAAGCUUCGGCGCCGGGAGCAGGAGGCCAAGAAGAGCUAGGGAGGUGGGCAGGCACGGCAGCCAGCUCUUGGGCACAGGCCUCACUGGGAAGGUGGGGGUGCACUCACACGCCCUGUCUCCUCUUGUCACAGGUCUGCCAGAGAGGGAAAGCCCAGGGGGAGGAUGCAGUAAUAAAUCCAUUUCAAGGACUCCAUUGGCACAGAGUUCCUGGGGGAGGUAGCAGAUUCUGGGCCAAGAGUGCAGAGGUGCUAGAUCAGCCUGACCCCCUGCCCUUGGGCCACACCUGUGGGUAAAGAGGCCCUAAGCAGGGGCCUCACAAAAGCAGGUGGGUCGAGCAGUGUCUCCACUCCCCAGGCGGCUGUGUAGGGAGCACCCUUCUCCCCCAGGAGGCUGUGGACACAUGGCACGUUGCACUCAGGGUAGAUGAUGCCCAGUCACACUUCCCAUCAGGAGAGUGGCAAAGGCAGCAGGUCCUUGCAGGGACUCUGGGAGAAGGAAGGACGAUGGAGACUUUUCUCCUUCCCUAUCCUGUGGGCCCCAGCAGAGAAAUUAUAUCUCUGCAGCUCUGCCUGUGGGAGGCCUAAUCCCUCCCCCCAACUUCUGUUCUGCCGGAGCUUUCCUGACCCCUCACGUGGGGAAGCAGGGAACUUGGGGGCCAAGGUACACCCCUUACCAGUGCCAAGGUGAUGAAUCCUUUCCCUGGCCAAACAGAGGUAGGAUCUGAAAAGCCCCCUGGGAGCCACUAGAUCAAAGUUGUAGGCUUUCCUACCCCAACCCUGGUCCCUGUUGGGGUCCCCACAGGCUCCAGAACUAUAGACAGUGAAGACUUUAUGUCACUGGGCCAGAGGAGGAGUGUCCCCAGCCCUGUGUAGGGCUGGGGUCUCCCGGGCAGCUGAUGUGCCAUCUGCUCUUAUAGGCAGAGAAUGUUCAGGUAUGGAGUGGGGUGGCAGCUUGCCCAGCUUCUGGGGCACUAGCCUGAGGUACCAAAGGGGCUAUGGCCCUUGCACUAGAUGCCUCUACCUCCUCCCACCUGCCUGGAACUGUGGACAGGACCCAAUGCAUGCUGACUCCUAUUCCUGUCCGGGGGUGUGGCCCUGCCCUCCCCACUGCUGCCUAUGCUGGGAGAAGGGUCUCUGAGGGAAACUGAGGUAUGGGGGGUACUGGUACCACCUCAAUGCUGUGCAGGAGCUGACGGGAAGGUUGGAAGGUACCCAGGUCAAUAUGUGGGGAGCUAUCUGGGUGCCCACCUGCAUGUGAAGGGGGGAGGCAGUGAUAGAUUUAUUUCAAUAAACACUUAUGACAUGCCAGUGA